UCUAGGACUCUUCCUGCAUUGAAGUCAGUUGGAGUCUAGGGUAGGGAGGGGCUGGAGAGGGAUGCUUCUGACCUCAUAAUAACCCUGGAGUCCUACAUAGCCACCAUUGCGGACUCCUCUAUGCCUCCCACCAGCCUGGGGCGGAGGCCCCGGCCUCCUGGGCGCUACCACAGCAGCACUGUUUCCCCUCCAAAUCCCUGGACCAUGUCACUUCUCAGCAACUAUGAAGGGCUGAGGCAUCAGAUUGAGCGACUAGUUCAUGAAAAUGAGGAGCUGAAGAAGCUGGUGAGAUUGAUUCGAGAGAACCGUGAGCUGAAGUCGGCCAUAAAAACCCAUGCAAGCGCCAUGGGUAUCAGUGGGAUCAACAACAUGUUCAACGAGGAAGCGACUGCCCAUGCCCUGCGGACAUCUGAUCGUGUCAUUCCAUCCUCAGCCCCAGCACAAAACCCUGGAACUGACGACAUAGGAAUCCUAACCUCAUUGGCUGAAAUUCUGAAUAACUCACAGUCCAGCCCUUCAAACAGCAUUUCAACCGGCCCUGUAUGCAGCUCUCUGGCCGGUCCUUUGACUCGUCCCCUAAAUGAUACAAUAUCUGGCUCUAUGGCUGUUCUUCCAAACAGUCCACUGUUCAGCUUCGUAACUGGCAACCUGAAUAAUCAACUGACUGAUUCCAUGAUUGUAUCUCCAAACAGCAUACAGGCGAAUGCUUUGCCUUACUCCACACCUGCACCUUUAAGCAGUCCAGCGAUAGCCUCUGGAACUGUCCCUUUGGCUGACCCUAAUAAUGACAGCGUAUCGACAGGGCCUCUGUCUAGCUCUAGUAACAGCGCACAAAUAGUCAGUCCUAUGACAAACCCCACAAAAAGCCCUCUUAUGGACCCCAGUCCCCCAGCAGCCUCUGUAGGCAGUCCACAAACAGGUUCAGUGGCCGUCCCUCCAAUUAGCACAUUGACAAGCUCACUGCCAGGCUCUCUGAGUGCUCCCAUGGCUGUCCCUCCUCUCAGCAUGUUCUCGAGUCCCGUGGCCGUCCCUCCAAUCAGCAUGCUGUCAAGCUCACCGCCAGGCUCUCUGGGUGCUCCCACUGCUGUUCCUCCAACCACUUCCCUAUCUGGCACAUUAAUAGGCUCUGUAAGUAGCCCUGCAGGCAAUGUGUUGCCCAACCCUAUGGUCAACAACAUGCUACUAAUUGACCCCAGUCAGCCUUUGGAUGCAACACAUCACAGCUCCUCUAGUCCUCCGCCCUCAGCCAACAUUCCUGCUUCCAAAGUCCCAAUUCCCACUGAUAAUAAAAAAACAGUAAUGGACUGGAAACCAUCUGCAGAUGUGGAGCCUUCCAACAUGGCAUUUGUGGGCCAGCCAAUCCAGACUUCCAUCCCCAUUGGUACCAUAACCGUUGGGACCCCCAUCACAACCUUCUUUGGAUCCCCAGAAUCCUUGGCACAACACAACACCUCUAUUCCCACCAUGCCUUCAGUUUUGGCCAGUGUCCCCAUAGCUGGUAUUAUUCCCACAUCUGCCCUUCCAAUUACUGUUGCUACCUCUAGUACCCAACCUACAGCAGAUGCUGCCCCUCUUCACCAAGGUGCUCCCACAUCUUCCACCCCAAAUCUUAAUGCAACUUUUUGCAAAGACAUUGCCAAUAAACUACAGAAUUCCCUGGCACAUACUGCCCUCACUGCACGUGCUUCUUCCCUUUCUCCUCCACAUCCCUCUCAUUCUCCACCCCCACAUUCUAUCAUCUCCUCUCCCCCUGCCAAUCACGCCCGAAGGUCCCAUUCCUUAGAACAUAAAAACAAGAGCCUCCUGGAAACUGAGAGGAAGACGACCCAUCGGAAGACCAGUAAAGUCAGCGAAAUUCAGAGAGACGCUAAGCAGCUGACAUGGGAGCGUCUGGUUGGGGAGAUUGCCUUCCAACUUGACCGUCGAAUACUGUCCAGUAUCUUUCCUGAGAGAGUACGCCUCUACGGAUUCACUGUCUCCAACAUCCCUGAAAAAAUUAUUCAGGCCUCCUUGAACACCUCAAAUCACAAACUGGAUGAAGAACUGUGCCAGACACUCACUCAACGUUAUGUGACUGUCAUGAAUCGGCUGCAGAGCCUGGGCUACAAUGGGCGGGUCCACCCAGGGCUGACGGAGCAAUUGGUUAAUGCCUAUGGCAUCCUGAGGGAACGGCCUGAGCUGGCAGCCUCUGAAGGUGGCUCUUACACCAUGGACUUCCUCCAGCGGGUGAUCAUAGAGACGGUGCCCCAAAGCGUACUCACUGAUGCCCUCCUUCUUCUCUCCUGCCUCAACCAACUCUCCCACGAUGAUGGCAAACCUAUGUUCAUCUGGUGACUGAAAUCUGCCGAACAUCAAGUGCUGGCACCAGCCCCCCCCUAACGCUGAUGAACUGCCUAUUGGGCCCUGGGCAUGGCCAUGUUACCAUGGGCAAGGUCCUCCCCACCCCCAGGCUCCCCC